CUUAUCAUCGACCUUUGCGAGAGAACGAUAUCCUGCCUCUAAGAUCUAGAUCUUCUCCCUCUCUGACGAAUACUAUUCUUGUCGGGGUCCGCGAGAUAUCUACUGGCAAAACCCCUUGGACCGCCUCUUCUCUAUUAUCUCAACCACUCAGACAUAAUGAGUGAACAAGGACAUGAGGCAAACAGCCAAGAGAAGCCAGGGGGGGAGGGAGAGGGAAAGGCAAGGGAGAACAGAAACAAAAGCAAGAAUGAUGCCCUAACUAUCACACUUGAGAACCCUGAUACCCUUAUUCGGGUGGAGGCCACUAGAAACACCCUUGCUCGGUUAGCUAUCAAACACUUUUUGCUCAAGCUCAUUGCAGCAAAGAACCGUGGAGAGGGAGACACUUUUGCGGAAAUCGAGUUGAUAGUUUUCAAAAAGUUUGCUGACAGCUCGGUUCAACACUUGCAGCUAGGAGGGCAGGAAGAGUUGGCUUAUUCGUUGGUAUUCCUGCGUCUUUCAAAGGCCAAGCUCGGCGGUGACAGAAUGGCAAACGGACAGACGACAAAAGGAGAUAGCAUCACGUUGACCGCCGAAGAAAUCCUGGUUGUGAUAAAGGUCUUCGAGACUGCAAGAUUCUUUCUGUUCCUCGGGCUGCCUAGAGCAGAAGGUCCGUGGAUGAAUAUUGGACACCUCAGGUUCGACAACGGACAAGAAUAGACGCAGCUAGUUGAAGAUGUAGAGAGCUUGUAUCGUCUGAACAUUGCAGAACGUUGACUGAACAUACCUGCUCUGCAACCGUACUAAGUGUUGCUGUACGUAGGCACUUCCAGGCUUUCUGACACUUGUCUACUGAUUUUAGCUGAAUGCAAGAUGACAAUCAAU